AUGGUCUACUGUGGACCGCCAUCUAAAGCCUGCAGAGCUUGCCGACAGCGGAAGAUAGGGUGUGACCAAAACCCACGUGGCUGUCGUCAAUGUGCAAGGGCCCGACGGCCUUGUCCGGGAUACAGAGACUAUGUCAAUCUGCUGUUUAAAGACCAAGGCAACUGGGUGCGGAAGAAAGUCGGCGCACACAGCCAAAGGCAGCCUUCCCCAGAAGAAAAGCUUUGCUCACCGGCGACUGCAAUUGAUGAAACAACCUCAUUAACUCUGACGGAUCGAGUCCAUUCCCAAUAUUGUACGCUUGUUUUAGCUGCUCCACAACAGGAUUCUGUUUCAACCGCACCGCACUUCAUCUCAUUCUUAACGCCAUCCAUCGUACCAGAUCAUCGUGAUCUUGGAAUUGCCGUCUUUUUCCAGCAACAUACGCAAUCCCGCCCGCUGCAAGAAUACAGCGAUCCGAACCCUAUGUUCCUCGACUUUGCAAGCACCAUCUUCCGCACCAGUAACAACCAGAUGAUUUCCGCCUGUAUCAAGGCAGUCGGCCUGGCCAGUCUAGCCAACAUCCGAUCUGAAAAGCAGAUUCUAACACAAGCGAGAAAGGAAUACGUCGAGAGCCUAAGACUGGUCAACAACGCACUCAGAGUGCCCUCCGAGGCUGUGCAAGACUCGACCUUGCUCGGGGUGAUGCUGCUGAACUUCUUCGAGCAAAUCACAUGCGUCGACGGCCAUUUCGUGCACAUCUGGACGCAGCAUGUGAACGGGGCAGCUUUGUUGGUGAAACUGAGAGGGACACACCAGUUCACCUACAAGGUUGGGCUGCAAAUGUUCCAGCACAUUUGUCAGAGUCUCACGACAAACUGCAUUCAGACUGGGCUCCCUGUUCCUCAGCAUAUAAUUGAACUCCGGAAGCAAUGUGCCCAGUAUAUCGACAGCGAGUCACCAAUAUGGCUCAUCGGAGACACAAUGAUCAAGCUCACCUUGCUGCGAUCGAGAGUGGCCAGCGGGUCGAAUAACGAUGACGACAUGGAUCAGAUCCUGCAGGACGCCCUGGAUCUAGACCUCGAAUUCAAGACCAUUACCACCCGUCUCUCAGCCGAGAUGCCCUACCACACCUGCGUCGAUCCCUCAGAACCCCAAUUCUACAAAGGAACCUACCACAUCUACCCCACCGUCUGGACCCUAUACGCAUGGAAUAGCCUCCGAAGUGGCCGCUGCCUCCUCCACCAGCUCAUCCGAUCCCAAAUGCUAAAGGGCUUUAGCGCCAUCCCGCCCCGAUUUCUAUCACCCGAUUAUACCUCUAUUUUCCAAGAGUCCCUCGAGAACCUCCUCCAGAUGAUAAACGACAUCCUGUGCAGCGCCGCACAGCUAAUCGGCUGGAUACAAACACCGAACUUAACACCUGAGAAGGAUCCAAUUACGGCCGGCGCAAGACUCCUUAUCUGGCCGUUUUACGUCGUCAUCCACAUAUGCACUAGUAUGGGGCUCUUUGCGACCAUUCCUGGAAUUGACAAAUAUAUGAUGAAUGUUCUGGCAGAGGUGGGUCGGCAAACUGGGAUUCUGGCAGCCACCCUGUUGUCCUCGUUGUUGGCGGACAGGAAUUUGCUGCAGUUUUUACCAAAGCUCAAGCAGAAGGGAUUUCGGAUGGUAGAAGGCUAA